CCUCGUUUUGGCCCAAAGCUCAAACGGUGGCGACUCGCGCGCGCUUGGUGGACACGCGCUGCCCGCUACACCGCGCACCGGACUCACGCGCAGGCGGCGAGGAGUUUGCGUGCGCAGUUCUCUCUCUCUCUCUCUCUCUCUCUCUCUCUCUCUCUCUCGCACCGGGUUGUCAGUCCGCUUCCUUGCAGCGCUUUGUCGGUCGCUCGGUUGCUCCGUUGGUCGCGCGCACCAGCGUCUCGCGGCAGGAAUUUUGGGGGAGUGGAAAAAAUUAUUCCGCGCUGUUGUACUUUGUGCGGCUCGACUCGUAUUCCUGACAGACAGAGAGAGAGAGAGAGAGAGAGAGAGCGAGAGAGAGAGAGAGAGAGAGAGAGAUAAGGAGCGGAGCUCUCGGAGAGCAGCAGCUCAGAUGUUCCUCGCGCUCGGUUCUCACUGAAUUCCGCGUAACGGCUGACUUCUCCUCUCUCUCUUUUUUCCGGGGUGGAGGAAGAGAGUAACCGCUCCUCUCGGAACUCCGACCAUCAGCCCCGCUGCUCGAAUCCAGAGCUUCUUCUUCUUCUUCUUCUUCUUCUUCUUCUUCUUCUUCUUCUUCUUCUUCACACUUCUGGCGAACGGAUUUUUUUUCUCUUCAUUCUUGUUUGUCUGCUUUUGGAUUAUUAUCUUUUUCUUCUCUUGUGUUUUUGUUUUUUUGUGUUUUUGGGGAUUCCCAGAGAUGGCGAGUUGUCCCCUGGCCGUCGCGGGCAUCUGGUGCUGAAGGCUCGCGGGAUGCUGAGGACCCGACGCCGCGCGUGAUCUCUUACACUUUGAGACUUACACCCCGCCGGACGCGCCCGCGUCUAUUUUGCCUUUUCUAAAUUUUUUAUUUAAAUUAUUUUUUGUGUGCAGAAUGUUGCGCAAUCUAAGGAUGCCAAGUGGAUUGCUAUUGUUCCUUUUCAUCCACGUCCUCCCGGUGGCUCCGCUGGCUCAGACCGAUAAAUGCGGCGGGGACAUCGAGAUACACGCCGCGGACUAUCUGACCUCCCCGGGCUACCCGGGCGCGUACCCGCCCUCACAGCAGUGCGCGUGGGUGAUAACGGCCCCGGAGCCCGGGCAGAAGAUCCUCAUCAACUUCAACCCGCAUUUUGACCUGGAGGACCGGGACUGCAAGUACGACUUCGUGGAGGUGUACAACGGCGGCCACGAGCUGUCGCCCAUGCUGGGGAAGUUCUGCGGGAAGAUCGCCCCGUCUCCGAUCAUCUCCAGCGGCAGCCAGCUGCUCAUCAAGUUCGUCUCGGACUACGAGACGCACGGGGCGGGCUUCUCCGUCCGCUACGAGGUCUUCAAGACAGGUCCCGAGUGUUCCCGUAACUUCACGGCCCCCCGCGGCGUGGUGAGGACGCCGGGCUUCCCCGACAAAUACCCCAACAACCUGGACUGCAUCUUCAUGAUCUUCGCCCCCAAGAUGUCCGAGAUCGUGGUCGAGUUCGACAGCUUCGACAUGGAGCCCGACACCACGCCGCCACCGGGGGCGCUCUGCCGCUACGACUGGCUGGAGGUCUGGGACGGCUUCCCCGCAGUGGGCCCCCACAUUGGCCGGUACUGUGGCCAGACGUCCCCGGGCCGCGUGGUCUCCUACACCGGCAUCCUGUCCAUGAUCAUCACCACGGACAACGCCAUCGCCCGGGAGGGGUUCUCCGCCAACUACACCAUCCGGGAGAGGAGCCUCCCCCCGGGGCGCGAAGACGAGGCCUUCGCCUGCAUGGAGCCUCUGGGCAUGGAGUCGGGGGAGAUCUCCUCGGACCAGAUCAGCGCCUCGUCCCAGUACAACUCCAACUGGUCCCCGGAGCGCUCGCGGCUCAACUACCAGGAGAACGGCUGGACGCCCUCGGACGACACCGUGCGGGAGUGGAUACAGGUGGACUUGGGGUUUCUCCGAUUCGUCACCGCCAUCGGGACGCAGGGGGCGAUCUCAAAGGAGACCAAGAAGCACUACUACGUUGGCUCCUACAAAGUGGACCUGAGCUCCAACGGAGAGGACUGGGUCACCGUGAAGGAGGGCUCCAAGCAGAAGAUCUUUCAGGGGAACCACGACUCGACCGGCGAGGCUCGCUCCGGCCUCCCCAAACCGACUCUGGCUCGCUACGUGCGAGUGCGCCCCAUGACCUGGGAGCAAGGCAUCUGCAUGCGCUUUGAGGUCUACGGCUGCCGGAUGUCAGACUACCCGUGCUCCGGGAUGCUGGGCAUGGUGUCCGGUCAGAUCUCAGACGCUCAGAUCGGCGCUUCGUCGUACGCCGACCGCGGCUGGGUGGCGGAGAACGCCCGCUUGCUAACGGGCAGAUCGGGCUGGACCGGCCAGCAGACCAAGCAGCCCUUCAAGAACGAGUGGCUGCAGGUGGAUCUGGGCCAGGACAAGAUGGUGAGCGGCGUGGUGAUCCAGGGCGGGAAGCACCGCGACAGGAACGUCUUCAUGAAGAGGUUCAAGGUGGGCCACAGCCUGGACGGAGACGAGUGGACCGUCGUCAAGGAGGACAACACCACCAAGCCCAAGACCUUCCUCGGGAAUCAGAACCACGACACCCCGGAGCUGAGGUCCAUGGGCCCCCUGCUGACCCGCUACGUCAGGAUCUACCCGGAGAGGGCCACCAUCGAGGGCCUGGGCCUCCGCCUGGAGCUGCUGGGCUGCGAACUGGACGACAUCACCACCAUGGCUCCUCCCACCACCGCCCUCGCCGCCACGCUUCCCAUGACCACGUUCGGGGCGACCACCACGGCGCCGAUCACCGUCCCGGGGUCGGAGAGCACGCCGCCGGACGACGGCGGCGACACCGAGACCGCCGAGGACUACGACCCAGUGACGGCAGGAGGAACCGCCGCCGCCAUGGACUUCAUACCAGCCUACGUUUGGUUCGCCUGCAACUUUGACUUCUCGUCGUUCUGCGGUUGGACCUGGGAGACCGGGACCGGGGCCCGGUGGCACAUCCAGACCGACCGGGGGCCGGACCUCGACCACGCAGGCGGACGAGGGAACUUCAUCUACAUGCAGCUUGGGGACACGGAGGAGCCGAGGAAGGAGAAGGAGGAGGAGGAGGAGGAGGAGAAGAUGGCGAGCUUGGCCAGCCUGCCCAUCACGGCGCCGGACGCCGACCUCUGCAUGUCCUUCUGGUACCGCAUGGUCGGCGAGCGCGCCGGGUCGCUGCACAUCAGGCAGAGGAAGGAGGCGGAGGCGGCGGGUCAGAUCCUGUGGAUGGUCAACGGCCACGAGGGCCGGCGGUGGCGGGAGGGCCGCGUCCGCCUGCCGCACGCCGGCGUCCCGUAUCAGGUGGUCGUGGAAGGCGUGGCGGACCGACGCAGCGCGGGUCACAUCGCCGUGGACAACAUCCAGAUCAUCGACGGCCUGGACGCCGAGUACUGCAAGGAUCCAGAAGCGCCCACGUCUCCGCCCACUGAGAUCUUCAUCCUCCCGAUAGAUUCUCACUCUGAUGAGACGAGCGAGCUCGGCGGCCCGGGCAACAUGCUGAAGACCCUGGACCCCAUCCUCAUCACCAUCAUCGCCAUGUCCGCGCUGGGCGUCUUCCUGGGCGCCAUCUGCGGCGUGGUGCUGUACUGCGCCUGCUCGCAGGGCAGCAUGACGGACAGGAACUUAUCCGCCCUGGAGAACUAUAACUUUGAGCUGGUGGACGGCGUGAAGCUAAAGAAGGACAAGAUGAACGGACAGACAAACUAUUCAGAGGCGUGAGGAGGAAGAGGAGGAGGAGAAGGAGGGGGAGGGGUAAAAGGGGGAGGGGGAUGUGAGCCAAUCAGGCGGGAUGAACCACCGAUGGGACGGCAGGGUGGACUGACAGUGAGCCAAUGUCAUUUUAUUUCUUCUUCUUCUCAGGAGCGGCAAUGGAAGGGACUGACCAGCAGGGGGCACUGUGUGUAAAGCAUCUACAGAGAGAGAGAGAGAGAGAGAGAGACGCUGAGGAUUGUAUUUGUUUUUUUCCAGUGUGCUUUUUGUCCAGUUCCUGUAUGAUGACAAGUGUGUGUGUGUGUGUGUGUUUGUGUGUGUGUGUGUGUGUGUGUGUGUGUGUGUGUGUGUGUGUGUGUGUGUGUGUGUGUUUGUGUGUGUGUGUGUGUGUGUGUGUGUCAUUUUAAUGGAAAGAUUAUCUUAAAUUUUUUUUUUUUCAUGAUUUUUAUUUUUCUAUUUUUCCAAAAUGGAUUUCUGUGUGAGUGUAUGUGUGAAAGUGUGUACAUGUGUCAGUUUCAUAUACAUCUGCAUUUAAAGUGUGUGUGUGUGUCUGUGUGUGUAGUUCCAACAGUGCCUUUUUCUUUUCUUUUUUCUUUUCCUGUUGCCUUGUUUCUUUGUUUCUUCUGCUGCUUGUUGUUGUUGUUGUUGUUGUUGUCUCCCCGUCCGUCCGUCCGGUGGUCCUCGUCCUUUUACCAGCUCGCGAUGACACGGCGACACAUUUCGGUGUCACAGUAGCAGCGGUGCUGUCAAGUGUCGCCUGUCAGAGUGGGGAGAAAGAAGAAGAAGAAGCCGUGUUGCCGGAGCCCUGAACGCCUCACGGCACAUGACACAUCAUGACAUAUUGUACAUAGUGUUUUAAUAUAUUUGAGCGCCCUUUUUUCUAUAUAUAGAGAAGAAGAAAAAGACACCGGUGACGCCGUGGUGUCCUUUGUGUUCUAUGUGGGAGUCAAAGUCGCCCUGAACUCUAAAAUGUACAGAAAGAAUUAGUUUGUUUUUUCACGGGACGCAAACACACACAAAAAACCUCUUGGCUUUCCUUUUUUUGUUUUGGUUUGUUUGUUUGUUUGUGUCGUCGUUGAGCACCUGCGUGUGCUCUGGGAACGAUGGAAAACGGCUUUUUGAGAUUAAGGAGAGAGAGAGAGAGAAAGAGAGAGACGCAAUGCCUCAUGGGAAGUGCUGUUUUUUGUACAGGGUAGAAAAAAUGGACGACCUCGGACGACCUCUGAGGACGGAGAGGCCGAACGGGACGGCGAGGAUGGAAUCGACGUCUGGAGACGGCUCGCUGCGGGACUGUUUGGACUUUUUAAACUAAAGCGUGUCCGGCCUCCAGAGAGAGAGAGAGAGAGAGACAUCUAUCAGCAUCUUUCACUGGCUGGACUCUAUUUGUCAGGGUUUGUGUGUUUGUUGUUUUUCCCAGUGUCGACUAUCAGAGGAGGAAUCUUUGAAGGAUCCAAAUGAUGUUUAAAAAAAAAAACGACGAUCACCCCGUCCAUAUUUCCCGAUUUCUAUCCUCACACAUCCAAUUCGGCCUGAAUUGAAGCCUAAAAAUGCACAAAACUGCCCCGUGGAUGACGGUGAGGGCGUGUGGUGUGGAGACGGCUGAUUGUGUACUUUUGGUUUAUUUUUUUUAUUUUUUUACUAAACCUCAGUUUUGUUGCCUAAAAUGUAUCAAAGUACACUGUCGCGUAUUUAGUUUUGUUUAAAACUCUGACGCUUUACUGCUUAACGCCAUCAUGUUGUGUAGGGGACAGGGUUGAAGUCACGCAGAUAACAAUGACAAUAAUGUUCAUCACUAAGAUGAGGUCACUAUAAUCAGACCCAACAGAAAUGCCUCUUAAAUCAAUCAUUAUAUUAAUUUUUUAAUUUUUAAUUUAAGAUAAAAACAAAAGAUCUGAUUAAGAAAGAAAGAAAUGGCAUUCUGAUGAAGCUCAUUUUAGCAUUUUUAUCCCCAAUUUUACAUUUCUUAGUCCACAUUGCCAAAGGGCCUCAUUUAACUGCAAUGUGCAGCGAUCAGCGGGGAUUUAAAUACAAUUAUCUUGUUUUUUUAAAUCUGAAAAUGAUGAGCCUUCGCAAUUAUUGUACGAAUAGAACUUGUUGUGUUUAUACAUAUAAAGCUUUUGAGCUUUUCCUGCAGCUGAAUGUGUUGUGAUGCUCGUCGCUGUGCAGCCGGUGUGGGGCCGAUGACCUCGUCGACAAUAAACACGCUCACAGAUUUAAGAAGCCAUUACGCAUGCAUGAUAGUCUGGUAGUUUAGUCUUAAAUUCAAUCUGCUCAUAUUUAAUUUAAUUUUUUUAACGUAUAUUACAUUAUUUGGCAUGUGAAGAACACGCCCAUCGAUUCUCCUCCAGAGACACUUUGAGAUGUUCAUCAUCAUUAUUAUUAUCAAUAAACUCUGCAGAGCCGCACCGGUUCAGAUACAUGGACAUGUUUACAGUGAAAGAGGCCAGAUUAUGGGUAUCAUGUUGUCAUUUCAGUCCAAUCAUGCCCCCCCCCCCCCUUUUUUUUUAAACAAGGAACAGGAUGCUGCGGCGUCCGGAUGUGAAAAAGCAAAAUGUUGCACUGAUAUAUUUAAAAAGAAGAAGAAAAAAAAAGAAUCUGUGUUUAUGAUGUUGAUUUCUGAGAAGAGAGAGAGAGAGAUGGAGAGAGGACAGCGUUAAUUAAAAACACCGUUUCGGGGUGACGACGUCAUAACUCGGGAAAAAAAAGUACAAUUUACGGAGAUGUUUUUUUUUCAUCUCGAAGAAUUAUUAUAUAAAUGCGUCUCUCUUUUGAAACGACUUUUAUUUACUUGGUAUGAUAUCACCUUGUUUCUGUACCGUCACUGAUUGUACGUGUUAUUUGUUUUUCAGCAUUUGUUUUUCUUUGUAUGACAAGAAGAAAUGUUUUUUUCUUUCUAGAACUGCUUCUGUACAUUUUUUAUAAUUUUGUUUUGCCGUCUCAGAUCCAGAAAAAAUAAAUAAUAAAUAAAUGUAAAAAAUAAUAAGAAAGUUUAAAAAAAGAAAAAAAAGGAAAGCAGUGAGGCCUUAAGUGACUAAAAGUAUUGUUUGUACUUUAAUUUCUGGUCAGCACCAGACUCAUCCGUCUCGUUGUCUCGGACUCUGAUCGUUGACUAUUACAUUCCAAAGAAUUGGAUCAAAUAAAUGUUUUAAGUAAAAGUC